AUGAGUGCUCUGAGGCUGCGAGCGUCGUCCUCGCUACUGCUGCUGUUGCUGCUGGGCGGCUGCCUCCUCGAGGUCGCAGGGAGAAACCAGGGGGCGGCCGGCAGCGCGGCCAAGUCUGCCCCGGGCCCCGCGGGCGGCUCCUCCGGCCGCUUCCUCAGCCCCGAGCGGCACGCGUGCAGCUGGCAGCUCCUGCCGCCCGUCCCAGGGCCCGCGGCGGGCAGCGAGCUGGCGCUGCGCUGCCAGGGCCCGGACGGGGCGCGCCAGCAGUGCGCCUACCGCGGGGAGCCCGGGCGCUGCGCGGUCUACACCGCCCGCCGCUCGCACUACUGGAAGCAGGUGCUUGGCGGGCUGCGCAGGAAGCGGCGGCCCUGCCAGGACCCGGCGCCGCUCAAGGCCCGCCUGUGCGCCGGCAAGAAGGGCCACGGCGCGGAGCUGCGCCUGGUGUCCCACGCGUCCCCAUUCGUCAGCCCCACGGCGGCGGGCGUCCCCCGGGAUGCCAAGCCCCGGGCCAGGAGCCGGGGACAGCCCCGAGAGCCCGGGCCCGGCCCCGCCGCAGGGGCCCCGGCUCCCCCGAGCGCGGCGCCCAAAGGGAAGCCCUCUGAGAAGACCAAAGGCGGCAAGAGGAAGGCGGCCUGGGACCCGGACGAGAAGAGACCCCUGGGGACCCGGUCCGAUCCCGAUGGGCUGGACGAGAACUCGAAGCUCACGGAGACCUACUGCGCAGAGAAGUGGCAUUCCCUCUGCAACUUCUUUGUCAAUUUCUGGAAUGGCUGA